AUGGAAGGCCGGACAGAGUGGCUUCAUUUACCUGAUGGUAGCGUAAUGCCCCAUAUUGUGGUUCCGAUGCCAGAAGACGGCUCCUGUCUAUUUCAUGCUUUGACGUACUUAAUGACUGACCUUACGGACACUGUAACUGCGUAUCAAAUCAGGUCUGCAAUCGUUUCCUACGUUGUGACUAACUGGGAUCACUUGGAGGUAUACACUUGUGAUGAGAACGGAGCCACUUAUCCCAACGCUGAAGUUUAUUCGUGUGCCAUGUUGAACGUUAGCACUUACGGUUCUGUGUCUGAACUAAUCGCAGCUGGUGCUAUAUAUCCGUUUAUUUUUGAGGUGUACGAGCGUAACACAUUACGUGGUUCCUUUGGUGACAGUGGUGAAAUAAAACGUAUGCGUUUUCGUGGCAGUUUUUUGAAUGGGCACUUCGAUGUUCUGCUUCGUCUUGAUGGCCUCCAUUUUGUAGAUGAUGAUGAGUGA